UUUAAAUAGAAUCUAAAAGUGAAGUGGAAACAAAAUGAAAACGACACAUUGCCUCAGCUUCCCCCAUACGCUAAAACCCAGUACACCAAGAUCCAGCGCACAAAACUAGGGUUUUUUAAAAUCCGCGCCAUAAGCCAAACCAGUUUCACACACAAAAUGGCAAAGGAAGACGAGAAUCCGACGACUCCGCUGGCCGCGAAACUCAACCCGAGCCCUAAUUCCGCUCAGAAUGAACCCAGAAAUGGCUGCAUCAGCCACAAUAACGACACCAAUUCUAGAAAUGCGCACGGUGCAGAAGAUUUUAUAUCGUCAGUGGCCGCGAAAACCGCCGCCCAGCCGCUUCACUAUUCCGAUCCCGAUGUUUGGGGCGUUCUGACCGCGAUAUCUGACAAGGCACGCAAGCGGCAACAGGGGAUGAAUAUGCUUCUGACUUCUGAUGAACACUGCAUCGGCCGGCUAGUAGAUGAUGCUCGUUUCCAGAUCAUUUCACCUGCAGUUAGUGCUCAUCAUUGCAAGAUUUUUCGGAAGAGGACCUCUGCUGAAGAUACAGAACAUCAAUCAGACAACUGCUCUUCUGUGUUCUUAAAAGAUUCUAGCACGAAUGGGACAUAUUUAAACUGGGAAAAGUUGAAUAAAAGUAGCUCUGAAGCAAAACUAUGUCAUGGAGACAUUAUUUCAAUAGCUUUUGCUCCCCAACACGAACUUGCUUUUGCAUUUGUCUUUCGAGAAGUUCAGAAAUCCUCCCGUGUAUCUGAUGGCGGAUUUCUAAAGAGAAAAUCAGGAAUACGGUGCUGAGACAAGAGAUUGAAAGGAAUCGGCAUUGGAGCUUCUGAUGGUCCAAUCUCUCUUGAUGAUUUUCGGAGCCUUCAAAGAUCAAACACGGAACUCAGAAAAAGUCUGGAAAAUCAAGUUGUGACGGUUGAAUCCUUGCGCAAUGAAAACCGCGCUGCUAUUGAGAAGCAUGAAAUUGAAAUGAAGGAGUUGAAAGAAUCAGUAUCAAAAUCAUAUCAUGACCAGAUCAGUCAGUUAAACCAGUCUUUGGAGGCUAAAGACAAAGAACUAACAGAGUUGAAUAAAAUGUCUGCUGAGCAAAAACAUGGGAUUGAGGACCUUACUGAAAGACUUAGUGCAUCUAUGCAGUCAUGCAUUGAAGCCAAUGAAAUAAUUAAUAGCCAAAAGAUGUCUAUAUCAGAACUGAAAGCUCUAUUAGAUGAAGAGCGCGAUCAGAGGAGAGAGGAGCGCGAGAAAGCUUCUGUAGAUAUGAAAAUGGCGAUACAGAGAGUUCAAGCUGAGGCCACAGAGGAAAUACAACGAGCAUCAGAUAGCGCCUUGAGACGAGAGAAGGAGCAACAAGAAAUGAUAAAUAAGCUUCAGGAGGCGGAGAAAGAAAGGUGUUUAUUGGUGGAAACUUUGAGGUCCAAAUUGGAAGAUACUAGACAAAAGUUGGUCAAGUCUGAAAAUAAAGUGCGUCAGUUGGAGGGUCAAAUCCACCAGGAGCAGCAAGCUUCUGCCAGUAGCAGAAAAAGGGUUGAGGAACUUGAGCAUGAAAGCAAAAGAUUGAGGAAAGAACUUGAACGUGAAAAGCAGUCAGCUCGGGAAGAAGCAUGGGCAAAGGUCUCUGCUCUUGAACUUGAGAUCAGUGCUGCAAUGCGGGAUCUCGAUUUCGAAAGACGCAGACUAAAAGGGGCUAGGGAGAGAAUUAUGCUCCGCGAAACUCAGCUUCGUGCUUUCUAUUCCACAACAGAAGAGAUAUCGGGGUUGUUUGCAAAGCAGCAGGAACAACUCAAGGGAAUGCAGAAGACCCUAGAAGAUCAAGAGAAUUACGAAACCACAUCAAUCGACAUUGACCUCAAUCCAAUCGACGAAAACGAAAACCAAUCAACAAUCAGAAACAACGGAGACGCAAAUCAAAGAAGCAACAAUAACAGCACAUCCAAGACAGAGAAUCAAGCCGAGGAAGAAUCGUCCAGUGACGAAGCAAGCAUGACUGAGAAGCACGAAUGCAACCCCAAAAGCCAAGAAAACAACCAAGAAGACACACAGGAAGUAGAAUUCAACGGUAACAAUGUUAAGGGCGCGUUUGGCUCCGAUAUUAACGGAGAUGCCAUUGGAACCGAGCAAAUCCCUGACACAGAGGGCUUCGCCACGUCACCAGCCACCGCAGUUGAAACCGAGCGAGUUCUCGAAACCGAAAUUGAAAUCGAUUUGAAUAAAUGCAGCAGCAAAUUGGAUGGAGAUACAAUGGAUGUAGAUAAUAAUGAAAUGGAAGAAGACACAGAUGGUGGUGGAGGUGGGACAAUAAAAACUACAGACCUUUUGGCUUCGGAAGUUAUGGGUAGCUGGGCUUGCAGCACUGCACCUUCGGUGCAUUGUGGAGAGAAUGAUAAUUCCUCAGGCGAAUGUGCUGUAGCUGCUGUUAUGCAAGAUUCGAGCAGUCUUGUGGCGGAGAGUCAGCAUAUUCCGGCGACCAAGGGUGAAGAUCCCCGGAGGAGAAACGAGGAGCGGCGGGCGCUUAGUGAGAUGAUUGGCAUCGUUGCUCCUGAUUUGAAGGAGCAGUUCAGUUGUGCUGUAGAAAGUGACGGUCGAGUGGGGUCUGAAAGAGGGGGGGCUUGUUCUAAUUCCGAUACCGAAGAUUGCAGCGAUGCUGAUGUGGAUGGUCGGAGUAAAGACGUUGCUCGAGAAGUAUCGGAUGCUGAGACAGUUGAUAGUGACGGGGUAAGCUCCGAUGAUGAUACACAACAAGAUUCGAUUGGAUGAUGAAAGAAAUUUUCGAAUCUAGAAUGAGUUUGUUCGUUAGUUUUCAUGUAUAGCCUUUAUUUUUUUAUUAAUUUUUUUUCUGGUGUUUCGUAGAGUGUAAAUCUACAGUUUAGGAGUAGUUGACAAUGAUUAGAUUUGAGGUUUGAUUUGUUUGUAGAGUUAUCUUUGUAGAUGUCUCUAUUGAGGCAUUGCAAAAAUUGUAGUAUUGUACUGAUGAUUUUCUUUUUUUUUUUCUCCAUUU